AUGGGGGCGGCGACGGCAGCAGCUGUUGUGGUGAGGCGAAAGGAGCGGCUUGUUGAGGAGCUUUACAAUGCGACCGCGAUAAUCUAUGAACCAGAGAUCACACCUAUUUUGAGAGGGAUUUAUUGCAUGCAAGGGCCAGUGGAUGAGAUAGAGCAGAGUAUUCAGAAGAAUAUGGCUCCACCAAAAACUGUGAGAAAAUUAGUUAGGCGUUACAUGAGUCAAAAGGUUUACACAAAAGCAGAAUCUGGAACCUGCAACGUGUGCUCUGCUCCUUGUUCAUCUUGUAUGCACCUUAGUACAACUCAAAUGGGAUCGAAGAGUGAGGAGUUUUCUGAUGAAACAGAUCGUGUUGCUGUGGCAAGUCAGUAUUCUAUCAAUGAGGAUAAAGCAGGUGACCACUUACAGCCUACCCCCAGUGAAGCUAGCAAUUUACUCAGUCUCAAUUCAAGUCAUGAUUCUUACUCUGAAAAUAUAGAAAGUAAAGCCACUAUAAGGCCAUCUGAUGUAUCUGAUGCAUCAGAAGAUGUUGAGAUUCAGAGAACCUUCUCAAAUGCGUAUGAUGGUUCCAAAGGUGUUGAAGGCCAUGAUGAUAACAUUUCAUGUGCUAGUAGAACCAGUGAUGAAAACGCAGCUUCCAGUUAUUGUAACAAGGAUUUAGACAGCAAGAAUUCAUCUCGUAGUUCAGCAUCAGUUAGUAGUUUAGGAUCUGGAAAGGUGCUUUCUUCCCAGAAGCUAGAGUUGUCAGAACUGCCUUCUAUAAAGGAGGAGGUGGAUGCUGGCAGUACUUCACUGAGGAUGCAAAGUCCUCAUUUACAUUCUCAAAGUGGCAAGAGUGCUGUUGGAGGCAGUUCUGAGAUUUCUAUCAAAAUCCAUCCGAAGUUAGAAGCAGAUAUUGAUAGCAAUAGUGGGGACCCACCAGAUAAAACUGAUAAAAGUUUGAAUGAAGAUGAGCAAGAUAAGUUGAAUGAGUUGGUUGAGUUACCUGACAAGCAGGAGUCUCCUUCGCAAGCAGUUUCUGGAGACGAGAGUUAUGAAUCUGAUGCCACAGAACAUGAUGUUAAGGUAUGUGAUAUUUGUGGGGAUGCAGGACGAGAAGAUUUGCUUGCUAUAUGUAGCAAGUGCGCCGAUGGUGCGGAGCACACUUACUGUAUGCGAGAAAUGCUUCAAAAGGUUCCUGAAGGUGAUUGGCUUUGUGAAGAGUGCAAGCUGGCUGAGGAAACUGAAAGCCAAAAGCAAGGUUCAGAUGCUGAAGGCAAAAGAGCAAACAAACUUAGCUUAGGUACACAAAGCUUAGGUAAGAGACAUGCAGAAAAUCAAGAGGGUGCUUCGGCUCCAAAAAGGCAGGCUGUCGAAACAAAUAUAGCAUCACCGAAAUCAUUGAGCCCCAGCAGAGUAGCUGCUUUGUCUCGAGAGGGGUCAUUUAAGAACUUAGACAAGGGGAAAAUGAGGCCAUCUUCUCUUGGCAAUCAUUCUGGAAGUGAUAUGCCUGAAACUGCACGCUCUCCUACUUCUGGUCCACGGCUGCAAACGCCAAAGGGUACCUUAUUGAAAUCCAAUUCAUUCAAUAACUUAAAUACCAAACCUAAAGUGAAGCUUGUAGAUGAAGUUGUUCUUCAAAAACAGAAAGGCGCUAGAGAACAUGCAUCCCUUGAUUCCAAGGAGGAAUCUGCUAGAACGAUGGGCAAAUCCUUGUCAUUUAAAUCCACUAACUCAGGGCGGUUAAAUCCUGGGGAAUCAAAAUUUAAAAUGCUUUCUUCGAAAUAUUCUCAUGUUCAAGAUCUAAAAGUAUUAAGACAAGUUAAAGAGCGGAUAUCAUUAGAAAGGAAAAAUUUCUCAAAAUUGGAUCGCUCUAGUUCCACUGUCUCCACACCUAAGGUUGAUCAGAAACAGACACCUCGUGCUGAUACAAUUUCUCAUUCAUCUGCAAGCAACAACCGAGAAUCUAAGGUUGUUCAGUCUGAUGGGAAACCAAGUACUUUAUCGAGAUCUACUAGCAGUCUAGCUCGUAAAGGUGUAGAAAAUGCAGUUACUUCUGCUGUUGGAGUUUCAUCCACCAAUGGCCGCAUUUCUUCUGAACAAAAGCUAAACCUAGUAAGCCCAAAGGAGGAACCCUCACCUAGUUCUUCUUGGACGGCUGAGAGGCAACCUAAUAAUGUUAAUGGCGUUAUGUCUGAUGGGCUAUCUCGGUCAUUAGAUUCAACAAAUCAGAGUGAUAUAUCUAGGGAGAGCUCUGUUAGUCGCUCAAGAAGUGUACCAUGUCUAAAAUGCAAAGAAAUGGGUCAUACAGCAGAAUAUUGCUCAGUCGCUCAGGUUUCUACUGCUGAUAUGUCUGCACCAAGAACUUCUAGGGAGGGGAUAAAUAAAGGCAAUAAGUUGAAAGCUGCUAUUGAGGCAGCUAUCCGUAUGAGGCCUGGAUUAUGUGAAAGACCUCCUCAAGAUCAAUCAUCAUUUUCCAAUAAGGCAAAGAAUAUGAUUGCUGUUGAAGGUACACAUGAAGGGCAAACAAAUGUUCAGAAUCAGGCUUCCAUUGGUAAUCAGAAGCUGCUUAAUUCACAUUCUACUGAUGCUGUCUCUGUAGUUUCUUCGGUUGGCAAUCUUUCGAUGAGAGAUAUCUCUGUCCCUCUUUUACCCAUGGUGUCUGCUAUUACAAAGAUGUCAGCCAUCCCAGAACCUGAGUACAUCUGGCAGGGGGCUUUUGAGGUGCUUAAAAGCGGAAAGCUUCCUGACUUCUGCGGUGGAAUUCAGGCCCAUCUCUCAACCCUUGCAUCACCUAAAGUUCUUGAAGUUGUCAAUACUUUUCCCCACAAAGUUUCCUUGAAUGAAGUACCUCGCUUGAGCACUUGGCCAGCACAGUUUCAUGACAGUGGUCCUAAAGAAGAUAAUAUAGCUCUAUACUUCUUUGCCAAGGACCCUGAAAGUUAUGAGAAGAAUUACAAGGUCCUUUUGGAAACUAUGGUCAAGAAUGAUCUUGCCCUCAAAGGAAAUUUUGAAGGUGUUGAACUCCUGAUAUUCCCAUCCAACCAGCUUCCUGAAAAUUGCCAGCGGUGGAAUACCUUAUUUUUCCUUUGGGGUGUUUUCAAGGGAAGAAGAGCAAAUUGUUCAAAUUCCUCAAAGAGUGCAUGCAUUCCUGAUGCAAGUACGGUAUGUUUGGAGGGAGAGGUAGCUACUGAUAUUCCCCAGCCCGUAGAAAAUGAACCAGCUGCCUGUGACAGUUCAUGCAAUGUAGUCCCUGUAACCAGUACUGCUGAAAAGACAUGUAUCUUAACAGAUAAAGUUGGUGAUAACAAGGUCUCUUCUCCAGAGCAUACAUAUGUGGGAAUAAAAGCAAAAUUGGAGGAGCAAGAUAGUAAAAUUGACUCCAGGUUCUUGUCAAGAAUUGCAGCAAGCAGCACACAGGUGCAUCCAGAAAUGAAAUGCACUAGUUCUUCUGUGGAAGAGAGCAAAUUUCCAGAUUGUAGAUUUGACACAGAGCUCAAACCUUGCCUUCAAGGUACUGAAACCAAUAGUGGUUCUGUGAAAGUUGAGAAAGAGGAAGUGCAUGUAAGAGAAGAUUAUCCAUCUUUAAAAAAUCUCCCAACUGGAAAGCAAGAGGCAGUUGUUGUGAGGAAGAUUGAUGGAGAUUGUGUUGGAAUUAGGGAUUCGAAGGAUGAUGGGUAUGCUGAUGGAAAAAUUUCUUCAAAGAGAGAUUUCGACUCUUGGCAGUGGAAUCAUCGGAAACGCCCAUACUUGGAUCUUACAGAAACAGUUUCAGAAAUUUCUACUGAUUCAAGUCAAAAAAUCCCAUGGAGUGAGGUGAAGAGAGUUUCCGUAGUUGGAGAAAGUGAUAAUAAAAAGCUGAAGACAGGUUUCAGUGGGAUAUACCAAGAUAGCUGUCCUAGAGAUCAAGGUCCUUUUACUGAUAGUUUAGCAUCAGAUAGACAUGAUCUGGGUUCCUGCUCUUCUGUUGAAGAGAAGAGAUGUGACAUUGCUUGUGUAGAAAAAGUUAUCCCCGAGGACUUGGGAAGUAGUGAAAGGUUCUUCUUUCCCAUGGAUUCACAUGAUGGAAGGGAAUUUCGGUUGGGGGACAACUCUAAACCAUGGAAGGAGCUCUGUAAAGAUGAGGACCAAGUUCAUGAUGUCUCUCCCAAUCUGGAGCUUGCAUUGGGGGCUGAGACAAGACCACCAAAUAAGGGAAUCUUACCUUUCUUUGUUGGAACGGUAGACAAAAAUAGUAACCAUGACAGGCGCCUGGAUAAGGUAAGAGGAAAAGAAGAGGAGGAUGAUGUAUCUGCCUCCCUUUCUCUUUCCCUCUCCUUCCCAUUUCCGGAAAAGGAACAGAAUUUGAAGUCUGUUUCUAAGACGGAGCAGCUCUUGCCCGAAAGGCAUCGUGUGAAUACUUCCCUGCUACUGUUUGGGGGCUUCCCUGAUAAAUAGGCUGCAUGGUGGUCCUAGGUGUUUGUACAUUAACUACAUGAAUGUGGUACAAAUGUAUACCAGGUCACUAGCUCAUGUACAACGGCCUUCCAUGGGUCUUUGUAGGAGAACCCUCAUUCCAUCUGUCCAUAACCCGUACAGAACUUAGCAAUAACUUUUUUUCUUUUGUUUUUUCUUGUCUUUCUUUUUUGUUUCCUUUUUUGAGUGCAUAGACAUAGUCACGGCUGUUUGUAUAUACAGAGAAUGAAAGCCGGUUUACUUCAAAAUAUCACAAGAAAAUUUGCAGACCAAUGCCUUGAUCUGGAGGAAUUUUGUUGUCUUUUUUAUUUUUUUUAAAAUUUUUAUUUCUAGCUAA